UCCGUAUGUUUAGUUCGACUUUUAAAAAAUGCGUUUCGAUGCUCUUGCCUAUUGUUCCAUUUUAGAACGCAUCAGUGACGACAUGCCACUUGCGAUCGUCUUAAUUAGCGGCAGCAGCACCUGGAGGCAGGAUCAUGAAUACAGAAUCUCAGACGAGGGUUUAUAGGCGAGUAGAAACACCUGUGAGAGUCUCGAGUCUUCAGAGAAAACUCGCGCCAGUUUAAAGAGAAAAAACGAUUGUGUCUUCACACAUAAAAAGAAUCACAGUUUACAGACCAUAGAGAGUUUAUACGCACCGUGUCCCGAUUUGACAAAUCUACAUUGGACAUCAUGUCCGUGACUUUGUGUUCCACCUGUAAAGACGGUGUAGACAUGAGCCAGGAGGAUCCUGUAGAGAACAGCUCAACAGAAAAACUUACAAGUCCCCACAAAGCAGGAAUCCGUUUAUUCUUGCACAGAGCACAGAAGGCUGUGGAGAACGGCUUCCUCCGCUUCUGCUGUCAGGACUCAGAGGAGUGUUUUGUGCCUCCACCUUCUAAGCCACAUUACGCAGGUUUAGAGUCCACAGAAACACAGACUGAAGACACUACACCUGGCUCGGACGUCACGUGCAUCUCUGAGCAGCGAACAGAGAGCCUUAGCGUUCAGAGCAGAUGUUCGGACUUUGUGUUGCCGGGUGAAGUGCCUGUUGAGACUAUUCCACACGAGACCGGAGCCAAUGUCACUACACUGGACAUCACGUCCAUCGCUGAGGACAAUGUAAAGAAGAUUGACAAACGCAUAAGUUGGAAGAAGACCCGAUCAUUCUUCCGGAGAGCCCGUGAGGCUCUGAAGCUGCCGUUACUCUGCAGUGGCGUGGACGCGGUGGAGUCUUUGGUGCCUCUAACAGACUCGACAGACUCUACAGAAGCUCAGUGUGGCGACUCUACACAAACACUAGACCUUGAGGAGCUGAGCGAUGGGAUGUUAUCCGGUUCGGAAAGCAUCCCAGACACGGUGCUGCCAGGUGAAGUGCUUUUUGAGCCGGCAGAGGCUUCAGAAAAACCUAAAGAACGGACUAUGAAGGAAAAGAUCUGUUAUUGCCUUAAAAAAGCUUGGACGGGUAUAAAGCAGCACUUCCUCUUCUGUGCCGUCACCUGUGCCAGAUCCCUCAGACUAACAGCCGACUUCUGCUCAAUCUGCAAGUGGCGCUGAUGCUAAUGAUGAGUAUUAUUAUGCAGCUGUCGUGGUUUGAGCAUGCCCAAAAAUAAUAAAUUAUAAUUGCAUAAUUUACGUUUUUUGUAAUAAUCCUAAACCGAGUGAAAGAAUAGCACAGGGUAUCAUAAUCUGAACUUUAAAACAGAAUUGCAGGCAUUCUUGUUAGAGACCAAAAAGUGCCUUCAAUUUUCCAUUAUGUGUAAUGCAGUUCUAAAAUAUCUAUAAUGAACUGGUUUUUAGUGGUGCAUUCUGUGUGUUAAUAUUUUCUUAUUUCCACUUUUGACUAUUCUUGUGUAAGACUCCCUUGUGUAACUUCUUUAGACACACCUAGACAAAAC